CUUGCUGAAUAAUUUUUUAAUAUCAGAAAAUUUUUGUACUUUUAAUAAAAUGACAAUUGAAGACAGAAUAGAAGAAAUAAAACGACUUCUUCGUUUAGACCAUUUAAACCAAGACGAAUACGAUCAUGUAGAAAAUCUUAUAAAAAAUAACGCUGACAGAUUUCAAAUGCCUGGAGAACCUUUAGAAGCAACUAAUAUUUUAAGACAUUCAAUACCAACUACAGAUGACUGCCCAAUAUUUUCAAGACAAUACCGUUUUCCUCAAAUUCACAAAGACGAAAUAACUAAACAAGUAAAUGAACUUUUAAAAAAUAAAAUAAUUAAACCUUCUCAAUCACCUUAUAACACACCGGUAUGGAUCGUACCUAAAAAACCUGACUCAAGCGGAAAUUUAAAAUGGCGAAUGGUAUUAGAUUUUCGAAAACUAAACGAAAAAACUAUAGGUGACUCAUAUCCAUUACCUCAUAUAAAUGAUAUACUUGACUCAAUUUCUUCCGCAAAAUACUUUUCUGUUUUCGACCUAGCAACCGGAUUUCAUCAUAUAAGAAUGAAUCCCAAUGACUCACACAAGACAGCUUUUUCAACACCUCAUGGUCAUUAUGAAUUUGAUAGAAUGCCAUUUGGUUUAAAAACAGCACCCGCGACAUUCCAAAGACUUAUGGACUUAACAUUAACUGGACUAAUUGGAACAGAACUUUUUGUUUACCUUGAUGACAUUGUUAUUUACGCAGACACACUCGAAGAACAUGAAAGAAAAUUUAAUAAUUUAGCUGAACGACUCAGAAACGCAAAUCUUCAUUUACAACCAGACAAAUGCGAAUUCUUACGACCGGAAGUAGGAUACUUAGGACACAUUAUUGAUAAAAAUGGUGUUCGACCCGAUCCAAGGAAAAUUAUUGCGGUUAAAAAUUUUCCUAUACCGAAAACAACAAAGAACAUUAAACAAUUUUUAGGAUUAGCAGGAUAUUAUAGAAGAUUUAUUGAAAAUUUUUCUAAAAUUGCACAUCCACUAAACCAACUUUUAAAAAAGGAUACACCUUUUAUUUGGUCAGACAAACAACAAUUAGCUUUUGACACAUUAAAACAACAUUUAUGCGAAGAACCUCUUUUACAAAGACCAGAUUUUUCCCAACCCUUCGUGCUUACAACAGACGCAUCAGGUUACGCGAUUGGAGGAAUACUUUCACAAGGGAAAAUAGGAAAAGACAAGCCUAUUGCAUAUGCAUCUCGAAGCUUAAGCGAUACGGAAAAGAAAUAUGACACUUACGAGAAGGAAGCAUUAGCUAUUAUUUUUUGCGUAUCUCAUUUUCGACCAUAUUUAUACGGUAGAAAAUUUACUUUAGUAACUGAUCAUAAACCAUUAGUAUGGUUUCAAAAUUCGAAGGAUCCUUGUUCACGUGUUUCGCGUUGGAGAUUAAAAUUAGCAGAAUAUAACUAUGAAGUAGUGUACAAGGCAGGUAAAAUGAACGUGAAUGCAGACGCUCUUUCAAGAAAUCCAAUUCCUAACGAAGAAGAAUUAUUUAGAAAUCAAAAGGUGCUCGACGAUGAUACAUUUUUAACAUUCGGGGAUAAUAAAAAAUCAAGUGAAAAUAUUCACGACAGUAAUAAUACAUCUACAUUAUUACUCUUAUUAACUACUCUUCUUAACCCAAUACUUAGUGAUUACAUUACAAACACACAAUGGAAAACCAUUCUCACUAGGGCACAACGAAAAUUAGAAGAAACGGGAAUUCAAGAAAAACUUACGGAAAACGUAGAAAAAAUAUUGCAGCCCAUUAUCAAGAGGUCAAGAGGUCGUCCUAAAAAAUUAAAAAAUAAACUUCCCAUACAAGAAGACAAGGUUGGUACCAAAAGAAGAGGAAGGCCGAGGAAAGACAAGAAGCCAAUCUCAGAAGCUGAAGAAGAAACUGAUCCAGAAUACUUCGAUGAAUUAAGAAGAAAUAAACGACUUAAAAGGACAAAGGGGAAGAAGAAAAACAAAAUCGUAAUUCAAGAAAAACCAAAUGAAGACAAUGAAACUUACUUUUCAUCCACAGAAGAUGAUAGUUCAAAAGAAGAUGACGACAUAUUCGAAGAAUCCCUCGAUGAAGAAUUUUAUGAAGAAGAAAAUGAAAUCUUUCAAGACGCCAUGGAUAACGAAGAAAUUUUUGAAGAAAAAGAUAAAAUACAAGAAAGUGAAAUUGAAGAAAAUAACAAAGACAAAGGGCGUAAUCUAAGAAGAAAAGAAGAAAUUACUCAAGCACCUCCUGUUCAAGAAAAACAAUCUACGAGUAAUAAAAUUUUGAUAGAAUGUCGUGACCAAUUAACAAUGCGAAAAGACAAUUAUUUAUAUUUUGUAAGUACUAACGGUACCCCUCUCGACAAUGGAUCUAAAAGUUUAACAAAAAAAUCAAUUCUACCCAAAUUUAAUAAUUUACAAAAAGGUUUAGUAAAAGAAUUUAAAAAGGGAAAAUAUUAUCAUUUUGCACUUCCAAUUCAAGAAAAUGUCAAAGAAAACUUAACUGAUACUCUAAAUACAAUCAAAUCAUGUUUUAACUCUUUACUUUCAAUUAGUGAUAAACUAAACAUUUGCAAAAUUAGACAACAGAUAUUAGAAGAAAAUCAUUCAUCGGCAAUCGGAGGCCAUAAGGGAGUAACAAAAACUUUAGCUAGAAUUCGUCAAAAAUAUUAUUGGGAAAAUUUAAAAACAGAUAUUCAAAAAUACAUAAACGGAUGUUUACAAUGUCAAUUAAAGAAAUUAGUUCGCGUUAAAACUAAAAAUCCAAUGAUUAUCACAGACACACCUACAACUGCUUUUGAAAAAAUUUCUAUGGAUAUUGUAGGACCUUUUAACCCUCCAACUAAAUCUGGCAACACGUACAUUUUAACAAUUCAAGAUAACUUCACAAAAUACUCUUUAGCAAUCCCUUUACCUAAUCAUCAAGCUGCUACAAUAGCAGACGCAUUCGUGAAAAAAUUCAUUUGCAUAUUCGGUUCACCUAAAGGCGUACUAACAGACCAGGGAAGAGACUUUUUGAGCAAUUUAUUAAAAAGAUUAGCAAAACGUUUUAGAAUUAAACAAUUUCGUACAACAGCUUUUCACCCUCAAUCUAAUGGGUCACUCGAACGUUCGCAUCAUGUUUUAGCAGAAUACUUAAAACAAUUUAUUGAGAAAAAUUCUGAAUGGGACGAUUGGUUAGAAUUAGCAAUGUUUUCCUACAAUACUAGCAUACACGAAGGAACAAAAUGCACACCAUACGAACUUGUCUUUGGAAAAUUAGCUCGUGAACCCUCUAGCGAAUCUCCUUCUCAAAACGAAAAAUUACAAACAUACGAUGAAUAUUUAACUACCUUUGUUACACAAUUACACGAAAUGAGAGCACAAGCAAGGGAAAAUUUAAUUUCGGUGUUUAUUGGAACUGGUCUUCUCUCGGCAACAUACAAAUAA